GUCAAAUAACCGUAAAAAAGGUUUAGGUUUUCAAAGAGACCUGCCAGAGGACAUACAGUAUGGAUACGGGUUAAGCAUCAUCAGGUUGCUUGAAGGAUUACAAACUGCAGCUGUUGUUUGGAAGGCUUUGACCUGUGAUGAGGUGGAUUUUGUGACUGCAGAAAUGGAUGCUGAUCAUGUAGGUGAUAAAAGAGCAAGACUAUUGGCGUCUAAAACCAGAUGGAGUGAGAUGGAUGACGUAACUGCUACUCAGCCAGUCAUUAGUGCUGAUACAGAAAAGUGUAAUCAAGACAGCAUUAAUCAGAGGCACAUUCAUAUUAAUGAUAAAGAUGCUAAACGAGAGAAUGUUCAAGAAUAUGAAGCUCAGCAUCUGAGGAAGACCGGCAUGUCUGAAGAUGACUUAGCACUUAUUUUAAAAGAUUCUUCAUCUGGUAAAACGACUUUGAACACUGUGCAAGGAUUUCUUAGUUCAUAUCCAGAAAGACCACCUCUGACCUCUGCCUGGAACAGCUUGACAUCAGGCAUUGUAGGUCAUUCUGGACCACCAAGUACCAUGGAUGUCCUGAGCCUCUGGCAGGAUGAUCCAGAGGAGUUGCUAUUGGAUCUGGGCUUUGGUGCUGAGGAGCCUGACAUCACAGUGAAGAUCCCAGCCCGUUUUAUCAACCAUAAGUCCCAGGCCCGUGGCAUCAACAUCCAGGUCUUCUUGGAGGCUCAGCAGAACCGCAUAGAUAUAGAGAAUCCAGAUGUCAGAAAUCGGUUUAGGCAGAUAGAGGUGCUACAGCAGGUCACUACCGCCUUCAAUUCCUUGGUUGGAGGGGUCAUUCCAGAUUCACAGAGACCUGUGGAAUCUCAGCUCUCAGAAGAAGCCAGGGUGAGGAGGAAACGGGUUGGCAUGCUCUUCCAGAAUGCCUCCAAGAAGUCACUUAGCCAACUGGCCAAUUCCCGAGACCAGCAGCCGGUCUCCCCUUCGUUGGCAGGCCAAUCCUCCAGCCCAGAGCUGCCUGGAGAUCUUCCUUUUGACAAACGAAUCCCGCUGAAACGUGCCAGCCUUAGCCCUCUGGUAGAGGAGCAGACCUUAAUCUCAGAAGGAGCUGAAUCCACUGAGACCACAACCCUCCCUCAGGUUAAGGGCAGCAGUCCAAGGGGAGGUAGAGAACUGAAGAAUGUUACAUCAGCCCUCGACUCUGCAAAAGGGGGUACAGGAGUGCCAGCAGAGUCUUUUGAGCUGGAAGAGAUCCAGAGCUUUGAUGAGGGAAGCAUAGGAGGAACCUGCACUGGCACUCCUGAUCAGCCAGCUAACGAGCGGGCAUGCCUCUCACGAGUGAGGACAAAUAGCUGUCAGUCUGACAGUAGUGGGUUUUUGGAAGAACCGUUCGUUCCUGCUUACCCCAACCCCGGACAUGAGCUCAUGAAGGUACUGAAUGCCAUGUCAGGGGAAAGCACGGAAAGCCCACAGAAGAGUGUGGACCUGCAGGAAACAGCAGCCAACUCUCCAUAUACACAGGACUCUGAUAAGUUGCUUAAACAGACUGAGACCUCUGCAACAGACUCAAAUAUUGAUACAGCAAAGGGACCAGCAUGUAUUGGGAUGAUAAUAAGUACUGGAGACACCAAUAGAACAGAUUGUUUGGUAAAGGAGGACGUUGUGCAGAAGGACAUUGUUGGUGACUGUGUGGGAGAAAGUACUACAUUACAGAAAGACUCAUCAGGUCUAUGUGACCAUGGUGCCAAUACCAUACAAAGUAAUACAUUACAAAAGGACACAAUGGGCCUACAUAAUGACAGUGCCAGUACUGUACAAAAUACCACAUUACAAAAGGGCUUACCGGUUCUACACGACUAUGAUGCCAGUUUUGGAGAAAGUACCAAAUUUCAAAAGAACUCACUAAAUCCAUCUCAUGAUGUGGUUGUGGGAGGUGAUUCACAGAUGAAAUCAGAUGUUUCUGUGUUUAAAACAGACUCUUCUUCCACUGACCCAAAAGCAGGUACAGAAAACAAAGUCCCAUACUCCACAGAAGGAUACUGCGGACGUUCUGUCUCAGUGCAGAUGUGCUCGGGCUUGGCCUCCCAGAGUUCUCUAAGAGGCAGUAUCAGCCACACCUCAUCAACAGGGCACAGUCCCACCAGUGAUGUUCAGCUCAGAAGAGAGUGCAGGGAACAGUUAGACUCAGAUGUGGCUAAUAACUCAGACAAUGCCCAAAGCACAAACACUCCUACAACAAUGGAACACCCAUUACCCAACCCUUGGCGCUCUCAGGAGAGUUUCAAGGGACCACACUCAACAUCUGUCAACAAGGUCCGGUCUUAUGAGGAGGACACACGGUGGGAGGCAGUGCUUUGGUCAGGACCUCAGACCUGUGGCCCCUGUGGGCAAAAACGACGAUGCUGCUGCCAGAAUAAGAACAGCGAGGAACAGUACUCUGGCAGUUCAGAACAGCCACUCCCAGACUCCAGUCUGCCUUAUUCCAUGGAGGAAUUGAUAGGCAUGAUGAGAUGUAUGUGGAAGUUCCGGAAAAUGUUGACAGAGAUUGAGGAGAGGCUGGAGGAGGAGCAGGAGACUGUAAAUAGUUCUUUCUCAGAUGAACGCAGGGCAGAGGUGCAGGACAUUCUGAAGCUGAGAACUGCUGUCAAAAAGGAAUCUGAAAUGUUGGAACAACAGCUCAGUGAUCUGGUUCAGGCCUAUGACGACAGCAUGAAAAUGAAGAUGAGCAGACUUUUGGAUGAGCAGUCCCACCUGUGCACUCAGCUGAGGUUUACACCCCAACCUGGACACAUCUCCAAAAAAAGUGUGGGCAUUCAGUGCACUUUGCUGACAGACAGCCCUGAGUCAUGUCUCCCUACACAACUCACAGACGACAUGAGGCUAAUUCACAACAACGAAUGGAGCCAUGGCUGCAAGCCCGACAAGCUGGACUUUGUAGGAUUUAUCAAAAGCUUAAAGGAUGGAUCCAUCAACAAUGAUUCACUGGAAUGAAAAAUUCUUCAACAUCAAGAGUGAGGAAGAUAAAAGAAUCUUGGUGUAGUAUUUUGAUGUGUUAUUAUAAUUUUAUUUUUCAAAUAAAAUUCUGUAAAAUAUUUUAUAAGCUGAAUUAUUUUUUUAGUCAUAUUCAAUGAAAUGUUAUGUAUGUCUUGAAUCCAAGACCAGUAAAAUCAGUCAAUGUAAGAAUUUUACACACGUCUACGGUGUUGUGGUGUUGCUCCUAAUAAUUUGGAGGCACAGGCCUGUAAAUCCUGAAAUAAAAGCCACUGUCAUAAAUGAUAAAUGAAUUUAAUUACAAAGUAAUUAUUUUUUGGAGGUAACCUAUUUAGGUGAAGACAUUUGUAGUAUAUGUGUAUUCAAACACUACAAAAAAAUAAAAAAAUGUUUGCCAAUGAUUAUUGUUUUGUUAUUGUGCAGGUAAUAUUAUCAGGGAAAUUUUUUGUGUGCCAACGUAUUCUGAAAUGUCUCAUUUAUUAUAAGAUCAUAUUCAAAAAUCCCUUCAGCUCCUUUUUGCUGGAUGUUCAUCUGCAUUUUCCACAAUCUUACUUCUUUUUGUCAAAUUGUCCUACUUGAAUUGUCCUAGCAUAGAAGACAAAAAUGAUCAUGCUGCAAUUAGUGGAAUGUGUUGGAGUCCUUGCUACUCAGUUUAUUAAUUGUUUGUUUGUCCACUUUACUGCCACCUAUUGCAUACAGAGACUCCACAUGGAUGUUUUCAUGCUGUACCACUAACCACUAGGUGAGGGAGGCAUUAUGUUUUUUGGUUUUGUCAUGCGUCCAUCUGAGAUUCUCGUUAGAUCCAUAUCUCAAGAAUGAGUGGU